AUGGACCCUGGAUUGAGAGCAGCGGCAGGGAGCAGACAGGGGCUAAGCCGCCGACGUAACGCGCUCCGGCCCCCGCGGGCGCGCGUCGCCGGCCUCUCCGGCCAGGCGCCCUACACGUGGGGCCCAAGCCCCGGGGGCUCUGUUUCCGCCCGCAGUGACCCUCGCACCCAGCCGGGCCGAGCACCUGUUCCGCGGCUCUACCAAGCCGACACGAUUGUGCAAGCCCGAAACUCAAAUUCUGUGAUCGCGGGCGGAUCCGGCACGGAAAAGUUCCCAGCCGCACUUUCUACAGGUGUCUGUCUCCCAGACGAGCGGAGCGACGGGAUCCGGGGAGAGGCGAACGGACUCGCGCGCAGCCCUUCCCCGCCCGGGGAAGCCAGGGGUCCCGGCCCUCCCUUGCCUCCCCGCUCCUGCUGGCGGGCGCCCCGAGGGGGCGGCCUCGGCCAGGUGGGCCCCGGCCCGCACCUCACCUGGAACCCCAGGCCGGCCCCCGCCCGAGGCCUCCGAGUCCUCCUUCGGCACCCGCCGCCGGCUCCGCUCGCUCCGCCGCGGGCCCGCGGGCUGCUGGGCGGCAGUCUCCUUCCUGCUCACCUCCGGCGCGGCGAGCAGGGGGCGGGGCCGCCGCUAUUUACAUAA